AUGGCGCUCCAGGGCGUGAUCCUCGGCAUGGGCAACCCGCUGCUCGACAUCUCCGCGACGGUGGACCAGGCCUUCCUGGACAAGUACGGCCUGCAGAUGGACAACCAGAUCCUCGCCGAGGACAAGCACACGCCCAUGUACGCCGAGAUGGAGGAGAAGUUCAACGUCGAGUACAUCCCGGGCGGCGCCACCCAGAACACCGUGCGCGUCGCGCAGUGGAUGCUCGGCGUGCCCAAGGCCUGCGCGUACAUGGGCUCCGUCGGCGACGACGAGCGCUCCAAGAAGAUGAAGGAGAUCAUGGACGCGCAGGGGUGCGUCGCGAGCUACUUCAUCGACCCCGAGGCCCCCACGGGCACGUGCGCGGUGUGCGUCAAGGACGGCGAGCGCUCGCUGGUGGCCAACCUGGCCGCGGCGAACAACUACAAGGCCGACCACCUGAAGCAGCCCGAGAACUGGGCGCUCCUGGAGUCGGCCCGCAUCGUGUACAGCGCGGGCUUCUUCAUCACGGUGUCGCCCGAGUCGAUCACGGCCGCCGCCAAGCACUGCUGCGAGGCGGGCAAGAUGUACUGCAUGAACAUCUCCGCGCCGUUCAUCUGCGAGGUCCCGCCGUUCAAGAAGGUCCUGUCGGACACCAUGCCGUACGUGGACUUCCUCUUUGGCAACGAGAACGAGUUCGCCGCGUUCGCCAAGUCCGAGGGCUGGGACGAGAAGGACCUGGCCGGGUGCGCGCUGAAGAUCGCGGGGAUGCCCAAGGCGUCGGGCCACCGCCCGCGCGUGGUCGUCGUGACGCAGGGCGCGCAGCCCACGCUCGUGGCGCGCGGCGGCCGCGUGGCGUCCUACCUCGUCGACCCGAUCGACAAGGCCAAGAUCGUCGACACGAACGGCGCGGGCGACGCCUUCGUCGGCGGGUUCCUCUCGCAGCUCGCCCUCGGGAAGGACGACGCGGAGUGCUGCCGCGCCGGCAACUACGCCGCGGGGCAGGUCAUCCAGGUGUCGGGCUGCAAGAUGCCGGGCAAGUGCGAGUUCGUCUUCGCGUAG